AUAAAAAUAAAAUCAACCUCAAUAUCUCCUUCUAUCCUUUCGGUGGGCAGAUUCAGAUUGGAUAUCAUCUGCACGGAUUGGGUUUACAUCUUCCACCCUUCCCUUCUCCGCUAGAUACCCUUUUCAGGGACCCCAUUUUCACACUUUCUUCAAUAAAACACACUCUCAUUCUCUCUUUCUGGAUUUUUAUUUGUAUAAAGAUGAGAUCUUUAGGUUUGGUUGAUUCAUGGGUUCAAACGUGUUCCAUGCUUAAUGGAUCUUCGUCUUCUUCUUUUGUGGGAUUCAUCUGUACAUCACCUCUCAAAUGUGGUAAACCCCAUUUCAAGAAUCAUCCAAGAUCCAGAUUUUCUUCUUCUUCUUCUUCUUUCUCCGUUUCUGCUGUGAUUGCAAAGGAAGACCAAGAAAUCUCCUCCGAUUUCCAAAAAUCCAGCUUCAGUUUCAAGGCUUACAUGGCGGAGAAGGCUAAUUCGGUAAACARGGCSCUGGAAGAAUCCAUUUCCAUUAAAACUCCACCCACAAUCCACGAAGCUAUGCGUUACUCCCUCCUCGCCGGAGGCAAGCGUGUCAGGCCCAUCCUCUGCAUCGCCGCCUGCGAGCUUGUCGGUGGGGAUGAAUCCACCGCCAUGCCUGCCGCCUGUGCUGUUGAAAUGAUACACACCAUGUCCUUGAUCCACGACGACCUCCCUUGCAUGGAUAACGACGAUUUUCGCCGUGGAAAACCAACUAACCACAAGGUUUACGGCGAAGACGUGGCGGUUCUUGCCGGAGACUCGCUCCUCGCCUUCGCUUUCCAACAUGUCUCCAGCGCCACCGUCGGCGCGUCGCCUGCACGCGUCCUGGCCGCCGUCGGCGAGCUCGCGAAGUCUAUUGGGACGGAAGGGUUGGUCGCGGGUCAAGUGGUGGACAUAGCUUCAACAGGGGCGAAGGACGUCGGACUGGACCAGCUUGAAUUCAUCCACAUACACAAAACGGCGGCCCUUUUGGAGGCAGCCGUCGUAUUAGGGGCCAUAUUGGGCGGAGGGAAUGAGACCCAGGUGGAAAAUCUUCGGAAAUUCGCAAGAUGUAUUGGACUAUUGUUUCAGGUGGUGGAUGAUAUAUUAGACGUCACCAAGACGACGGAGGAAUUGGGGAAGACCGCCGGAAAAGAUUUGGUGGCAGACAAGAUGACAUAUCCAAAACUGAUGGGUAUGGAGAAAUCGCGGCAGUUUGCGGAGGAGUUGUUGGCGGAGGCUAAACAGCAGUUAGAGGGGUUUGAGUCAUACGAGGCGGUGGCGCCACUAGUAGCUCUGGCGGAGUAUAUAGCUUACCGGCAGAACUGAAACCAAGCUUUUUUUUAUUUUCGAUGAGUUUGAGUCUUCUCCAUCGAUGUUGUAAAAUCGGUUUUACCUGCAACAUAAUUAUAAACUAAUUAGCAAAUUAGAUUCAUUAUUAUUUCCAUUUUCAUGGACA